ACACGCUGAAAAAUAAGAGUCCCGAGAACAGGAAACCCGCAAAGAAUGUCAAAAUGCCAAGGAAAGCAGAAGUGAAUUACCUGCCACCAUACCCAACAGGUCAGAGUGAAGAGAGUUUGGAGCAAGAAAGGUUGGAAUUGCUUAGUGAAGUAAAAAAGAGGGACAAUACCAUGGUGAUCAAAGCAAAAAUGGCAAAAACUUUUGCGCUCAGAAGACAUGAAAUUGUCAACCUGUCCCCCAGACUUGUGGAUUUUAAAGACAGAUGGCCUGCACUGUUUAACCCUCAGCAGAUAAAUGAAGAAUUCAGGAGAAUUACCACUUUGGAUUUAGAGCCAAAAUUUAUGCAGAUGUUGGACCAGCAUACCCCAAAGAUGUUGAGCAUAUUUUGUGCCAGAGGAGGAGCAAUUGGGCAAACUUUGCAGGACAAAAUGGUUGCCAUUCAUCAGAACCCUGGUGGUGUUACUAUUGACCAGACAAGAGAAGUUGUCAUUCGUUGCUUGGUUCAUUACUUGGAUGAAAACGAUGAUGAUCUCAUCCAGGAAUACUAUUGCUCCAAAACAGAUUUUCAGCAAGAUCUCAUGGACCACACAAUGAAAAUUUCUGCCUUUAAGAGGGGUGAGCAGGAUGACAUCAGCAUUGUCUUGGAGGGUGCCCAAGUAAUUGAGAUCUGA